AUGCCCCCAUCGCCAUCCACUCCUAAAAUUCCCUCCUCCAAUGGCCGCUCGAGCGGACAGCGACCACCUAACACGCGCGAUUCAGCCAACUCUGGAGCUGGGAAUUCGGAGAGAAGACAGGAUAUUCCUACGGAAUCUACCGUGACUACCGGUAAAUCGUCCAAGCGAAAGAAGAACCGUCAUCGAAAGCGUCGGAACCGUCGACAAUCGUUUCUUGGUCCUGAAGAAUCGUCUUCUGUCGUUGCUUCUGCUUCCGUCCCCGAUACGGAGGGCUUGGCCCCCAUGGCCACGGAUCAGACCAAGUCGCGAGCGGCUCUUCCCUUCUACAAGCUGGGUCGAGAUUUAAGCAGUACAAGCUUGGAGAGCGAGGCCUUGUUGGAUCAUCGGAACCAGCCUUUGAUGCGACCUCGCAGGGACAGCCGCCUGGCUCAAUCGUUUCGUCCCGGAACUUCGUUGACUGGAUACCACCCAGGCGAUUCUAACACUCGUUUCCCACUAUCGAGUGCUUUGCGGGGCGCUGUGGAUAGCGAUGGCGCAGAGGCGGUGGAUGAUCGGACACCAUUGAUAAGGCCUGUCUCAGAGCACAAAUCGAACCUACCGCGAUAUGGGACCGAUUCAAAGUCGAGUCCGUUCUCCUUCCGCCAGAGACGGAAGUCUAAUGACACAACAUCAUCCCGGUGCUCUCCUCGUGCCCUUACGAGCCCAGCGUUCCCCGAACCGGGUCGCGAAUAUGACAUCAACAACCCGCCGUCGAUACCGACAACUCCGAAGAUGGGCCCCGAGCUUGGUUACGACGACGCCGUGGCUACGGGGACGGAGUUCGGUUUCUCGAUCGCCGCAUCCAUCGACCACCGUAGGGAUUCCAUGCACGACAUGGUCAUUGAUAUGGACGACACCAACCACAGACAGGGUUCCCCGCCUUCACCUCAUUCUGCGCAGGAUGCCCUCCGUCGACGGAGGACUCUCGCACCCGAAGAGGACGUUUGCUUCCCGGUCGAAGAGGCGUCGGAGCUGGCUGAGGAGGAUGGACUAAGAAUGUCUCGCGAUGAGCGUCGGAGACGGCGGCGGCGAGAGUGGCCCGAUCUUUCCGUUCUGGAGGAAUGGAGUCGUGAGGAGAAAGAGGACCGGACAGGUGACUUCCGCACGAAGAAGAUCAGCGAGCCUAUGCUUAUCGAGGGUCGUUUGCGCCCUCAAUAUCGACUAUGGCGGCGUGAUGAGGACGAUGUCCCAUACCGCUUCACAUACUUCAAUGAGGAGUUUCACAGCACGAUACAUGCCCAGACGAUCUCAGAACUGGUUCAGCCUGGGGGUAGCUUCCGAGAGUUGUUCAUCCCCAACCCACCCGAAUUGGAGGAUUCCUCUGAUGAUGAUGAAGAGGAAGAAGAGCCCGACUAUCAUGCCACUAGAGAGAAUACGGCGGCCGCUAACAUCAAUAAUCUUCAUGCCGCUGGCGAAGGGGAACGGCUGCAACCCACUAAUGGCACAAACCACGAGAGCGUAAAUGAUCGGAAACAAGUUCCUCGGGCCUCCAUUAUCAGUGAAGCGAUCUCGGAAGCACGCACAUCAGCGGAUGUGUCGCCGGCGCGCCGACCGCCCCUGGUGGCUCCUCCCAAACCGAAGCGCUACGGACCUCGACCAACAUUCUGGCUCGACGUUCUCUCUCCGACGGACGCGGAAAUGCGCGUGAUUGCGAAGGCAUUUGGUAUCCACGCGCUCACCGCCGAGGAUAUCAUGAUGCAGGAGGCUCGUGAGAAGGUUGAACUGUUCCGCAACUACUAUUUCGUCAAUUACCGGACUUUCGAACAGGAUGUCAAUAGCGAAAAUUAUCUGCAGCCAGUCAACAUGUACGUGGUCGUGUUCCGAGAUGGCAUCAUUUCUUUCCACUUCUCGCAGACUCCCCACCCGGCCAACGUGCGGCGGCGCAUCCGACAGUUGAUGGACUACUUGAUCCUCAGCUCCGAUUGGAUCUCUUACGCUUUGAUAGACGACAUCACGGACGUGUUUGGUCCGCUGAUCCAGUCCAUCGAGGACGAGGUCGACGAGAUUGAUGAGAUGAUCAUGAAGAUGCAUUCCGCGGUGCCUGGCUCCGGGUCUAACGAGAAAGAAGAAUCCAGCGGCGAUGAAUCCAAUACGGUAGCGCCGGGUGAGAUGCUGCGACGAGUCGGAGUGUGCCGCAAGAAAGUGAUGGGAAUGUAUCGAUUGCUGAGCAACAAGGCGGAUGUCGUCAAGGGCUUUGCCAAGCGAUGCAACGAGCAGUGGGAAGUUGCUCCCAAAUCGGAGAUCGGUCUCUAUCUGGGUGACAUUCAAGACCACAUCAUGACCAUGACCAGUAGUCUGACCUAUUACGAAACGCUUUUAUCACGCGCUCACUCCAACUACCUGGCGCAAAUCAAUAUCCUGAUGAACGAGCGCCAGGAACAGACGGCCGACGUACUGGGCAAGCUGACCGUUCUAGGAACGAUCGUGCUGCCGCUGAACAUCAUCUGCGGUAUGUGGGGAAUGAACGUCAAGGUCCCUGGGCAGGAUGUGGAUAGUUUAACGUGGUUUUGGUCCAUUACGGCGGGGAUCGUGCUCUUUGCUUUUGCGUCAUUCCUUAUUGCGAAACGAGUCUACAAGAUUGUAUAG